AUUGACAAGCAAAUAUAGUAUGAAACUGCUUUGUAUUUGCUUAAGUGUCUAAGCAAAUACCUAGAUACUUCCUAGUUCAUCGAAUAUAAAAGGAGUCCUUUUGCAAUGUUUGCUCUAGCUUUGGUAUUUGGCGGCCUUAUUAUUGGGUCGGCUUCAGCCCUUUCACUCAAGACUACUGCCGAAAGGAUCAAAGAACACAACUAUCCAGUGGAGAGCCAUGAAGUUCAAACCUCAGAUGGCUAUAUCCUAACCAUUUUCCGCAUUCCAUACUCCCCCAAAUUGAUGAACCAAAAUGACACUAAACCUGUAGCCUUCCUUCAACAUGGACUCCUUAGUUCUUCCGAUGCCUGGAUCCUAAAUGGACCCGAUAACGCUUUGGCAUUUUUAUUAGCUGACGCCGGUUACGAUGUUUGGUUGGGAAAUACCCGUGGCAAUGCCUAUUCCAUGAGACAUUUGACAAUUACAAAUCUUCUACUACCAAGUUUCUGGGAUUUCACAUGGAACGAAAUGGCUGUCGUCGACUUGCCAACAAUGCUUGACUAUGUACUUCUUAAGUCUAACCAAAAGGCUCUUCACUAUGUUGGUCAUUCUCAAGGCACUACAAUAUUUUUCGUCCUCAUGUCUGAAAUGCCAGAAUACAAUGCCAAAAUCAAGACAGCACAUAUGUUGGCUCCAGUUGUCUAUAUGAAAAAUAUGAAGAGUCGAAUAGUCAAUUUAGUCGGUCCAAUGUUAGGUUCUCCAAAUUUAUUGGCUGAAGUAAUUGGAAAUACUGCCUUAGGAAUGAGUAAUGAUUUUAUAGAAAAAAUAAGCUCAGAAGCUUGUAAAAGUGAACUUUUGAAGCCAAUGUGUAAGAAUAUCUUGUUCUUGUUGACAGGUUGGGAUUUGAAAUUUUGUAAUAUGACACUUCUACCAGCAAUUAUGGAAACUCAUCCAUCUCCAUCGUCCUGUGGCCAAGCUAUUCAUUAUGUUCAAGAACACAAUUCAGGAACAUGGAGUAAAUAUGAUUAUGGAUUUAUCGGAAACUAUAUGAAAUACAACCAAUUGACGCCACCAUGCUAUUCGGAGAAAAAUGUCGUUGCACCAGUUCGAUUGUAUUACAGUGACAACGAUGAUUUUGCUGCAGUAGAGGAUGUUCAAAAAUUGAUAAGUCUCUUGCCGAACGUUGUUGACAGUGUUCGUGUUCCUUAUCCUGAAUUUACUCAUUUGGACUUUUUGUGGGCCACGGAAGUUAAGACUUUGUUGUUUGAUAGAAUUAUAGAAGCAGCUAAUUAUUACGAAAAAACUGGACAACAGUUGCAAGCACCCAACCAGGAGCUAGUAGUUCCAGAUGAUUUAAAUUAAAAAUGC